AUGUUGGGCACUUUUGGCCAUGUGAUUAAGACCGAUGGAAUUUUGGGUUUAUAUAGAGGGCUUUCGGCCGCGCUCUUGCGACAGCUGACGUAUUCCACCACUCGCUUCGGUAUAUAUGAAGAGCUGAAAUCGCGCUUUACAUCGCCCGAUGCACCCGCCAGCACCCUCACCCUGGUCGGGAUGGCCUGUACAUCCGGCUUUCUUGGUGGUAUCGCAGGAAACCCGGCCGACGUUAUGAACGUGCGCAUGCAGUCCGACGCAGCUCUCCCCGUAGAGCAACGCCGUAACUAUAGACAUGCCUUCCACGGACUGGUCCAGAUGACCCGCCACGAAGGUCCCGCAAGUCUGUUCCGUGGCGUUUGGCCCAAUUCGACUCGUGCCGUGCUGAUGACCGCCUCGCAAUUGGCCUCGUACGAUACCUUUAAGCGUCUCUGCAUCGACAGGUUCGGCAUGUCCGAUAACCUGGGCACUCAUUUCACCGCGUCCUUUUUGGCUGGUUUCGUCGCGACAACCGUCUGCAGCCCCGUGGACGUGAUCAAGACCCGUGUGAUGAGUGCUUCCCCGGCUGAGAGCCACGGCCACGGCAUCGUGGGUCUCCUACGAGAUAUCACCCGCAAGGAAGGCUUCGCCUGGGCCUUCCGCGGCUGGGUUCCCAGCUUUAUCCGCCUGGGUCCCCAUACCAUCGCUACAUUCAUCUUCCUGGAAGAGCAUAAGAAGCUCUAUCGUCUGCUGAAGGGUGUCUCCGAAGAGAAGCACACAGCAUAG